GUUGGAAGGAACGUGACUAAAUUCACCUUCUGUAUUGUUGAAGGUCGAAAGAAUAUUUUCAAAAUUUGUUUCAGAUUUGCAAGUAACUUGCAAAUUUAUUACUAUUAAUAGUUUACUUGUAUCAAUAUACUCUAAGGCCAUGGGUCGUAAAUUUUUUGUUGGUGGUAAUUGGAAAAUGAAUGGUACCAAAAGUGAAAUAAAUGAUAUUGUUGACUUUUUAAAAAAAGGUCCACUUGAUUCAAAUGUUGAGGUUGUUGUUGGAGUACCAUCUAUAUAUUUAACAUAUGCCAAGAAUAUAUUACCCAAUAAUAUUAGUAUUGCUGGACAAAAUACAUAUAAGGUUGCAAAAGGAGCAUUUACUGGAGAAAUAAGUCCUGCUAUGCUUUUGGACAAUGGAAUCCCAUGGGUAAUUCUUGGUCAUUCCGAACGUAGAAAUAUUUUUGGUGAAAAUGAUGAAUUAAUAGCAGAAAAAGUAGCCCAUGCUUUAGAUAGUGGAUUAAAGGUAAUUGCAUGUAUUGGAGAAAAAUUGGAAGAAAGAGAAGCUGGUAAAACAGAGGAAGUAGUUUUUAGACAGACAAAAGCUAUUGCAAAUAAAAUCAAGUCAUGGGAUAAUGUAGUUGUUGCUUAUGAACCAGUUUGGGCAAUUGGAACGGGUAAAACAGCCACACCACAACAAGCUCAAGAGGUUCAUGAAAAACUAAGAAAUUGGUUCUCUAAAAAUGUUAAUCAAACUGUCGCAGAAACUGUUAGAAUUAUUUAUGGAGGUUCAGUAACAGCAGGAAAUGCAAAAGAUUUAGCAAAAGAGAAAGAUAUUGAUGGAUUUCUAGUUGGUGGAGCAUCUCUAAAACCUGAUUUUGUACAGAUCGUUAAUGCUAAGCAGUGAGAUGAAAUAUUCUUUAUAUAAGAAUAUUAUUCCUUAAAUUAAUAUACACUCUAAGAAUGUGUAUAUUAUAAUAAGUAUAAAAUAAGUAAGAAUUAAUUUAUAAAUAUUUUUCUUGUUGUUUGUAUAGAGAAAGUUUUAUGUCAUGUUCCUGCAAUGAAGAGUUAUUAUCCUACAAUUAACAAUAAAAUAUAUAUUUCAUUCUUCUAUUCUUAAAAAAUAUAUGCUUAUUGUAAAUAUAUAAUCAUUAAUAAUUCAAUAAAUGUUACAACAAAA